AUGGCCAAUCUUUUCAGCAAGCCAGACACGACCGUCAAAUUUCCGGUCAAGUCCAUCAGAUACCAUGGCCUGGGAGAAAGUAUUGCGAUGGCUCAACCAAUUGCAAUCAAUCCCGCAAUCAGUUUGCUGCUGUCUUCGUCAACAGUGAGGCUUCGCCAGGGUCUUUCGAUCAACCAAGGACGCAGUCGCUCUUUCUGGAACGUCACGUUCCACAUCUCCAAUAUUCACAUUGUAUCGCUGGAGACAGCAAAGGACGAGCUCAUCUACACGUUUGAGUCCCGCUCUGACUUCGCAAGCGCCACUGAUAUUGAACAUCGAGAAGCCCUUCCAGAGCCAUCCACGUACCCACUUGCGGCAGUGAACUUGCUCAACCGGGUUAUUCAGAUUACCAUGGGUUUGCCCAGUCCCAAGCUGUGGGAAAGGCAGUCCGGCCUAGUUUGUCAGGCCCUCCGUGGGGGUAGUCUCGUUCUUUCUCAAGCGGAGAGUGAGUAUGUCAAUAUCAACAGCCGGGCUAUCAUCAAAGAGGCCGAGGAAGAAGAAAAGUGUCUCGCUGGUCGUGGAUGCCACGUAAAGUGCGUCUCAGUAGCGGGCCGAACCAUAUUAGGAAUCUGGCCUGGCGAGGACCGUCCGUUCCGCCUCUACAGAGGUUGCACCGUGGUGCUCCGUGGCAAGCACUUUUUCGUCAAGGAAGUGGCCAAAUGUUAUCGAAUUUCUGGCGAGAAGGAGUCCCCGGAAGAAUGGAUGGCCUCGGUAUCAGGGGACUCUCCCAAGUGGAGAUCGUUACUUGACGCCCCUGUGCAUGCGGUCCUCAAAAACGAGGUAGACAUCAGAAUUUUCGGCCAUAUAGAGGUGGACAAUGUCGAAGUCCACCCUUUGUCCAACCCUGUGGUGCAGAAUCGACUGCUGGGACCUACCCGAAAGCUUUCCGAAAACUGGGGCGACGAGGACUUCGAUACAAUGUGUCAAGAAUUCGAGAAUCACGGUGCGACAAUCCCCAGUGGCCACACAACAAAGCUUCCACUUACUUCGAUGUUCCUGCUCUCGGCCCCUCGGGUUGAUACCCAUGACCCCUUGAUCACCUCUCCCGGGGAUCUGAGCACCCUUGUGCCGAAAGAGUGGAGGCUCAAUGAGGCACAAGCGCAAGCAACUACCCAACUGCUUACGCAUUCCUUCUCUUUGGUGGCUGGGCCUCCGGGUACCGGCAAAACGCGAAUAAUUGCUGCAGCCGCCAUGUUUGUAACACAGUUCCUCCGCCAUAGUUCGGUAGGAUCGGCUAGAUUGGCCGUCCUAGUACCGACCGAUGCAGCAGGUGCUGCUGUUAUGUCUCAAUUGUCCAGUGCCUUUCAAGAGUUUAGAUACGGAGAUCACAAACUCAUGCGUCUUCGGAGCAGAGCCGACUCUGAAGACCGACUUUUUGGGGGUGAUACACAACAAUUUGAUGACAUUGAGCAAAUCAUCGCUCACGCCAAGGAAAAGCCUGGUAAAUAUGGUCAAUUCCUUCGAGAGAUUGAAAGGCUUAGGACCUGUGGCCGGGUGAAGGAGAACUUUCAAGAGUUCAAUCAGCAACGACGCGAGCUCAUUAUGAGCGUUAUGAAGGAUGUUCAAGUGGUGGUGACCCUGCCGCUUAACACCAAGGAGAUGAUUCGGCGAGAAUUCAGCCCUGAAUUCGUUAUCUUCGACGAAGCUAAUUAUUUCCGCGAUCCGGAAAUCUUCAGCGUUUUGGGUCAACUGAAGGCGGAUUCCCGCGUGCUCUUUGUCGGUGAUCCCAAGCAAUUGUCGCCUCCUGUUUUUACCAGCCAGGGAGCGACAGCGUGGACGAAAUCAGCCUUUACGCGACUAUUAGACAAGAAAUACCACCAGACGCUCUUGAAUCUCUCGUAUAGGUCCCACAAGAUUCUAUACAACCCGACCUCUAUAGCCUACUAUGAGGGACAGGCCCAGUCAUUCCGCGGCGGGCCGAACAAGACCGUCGGGGUCAACCCGGGGAACCCUGUGAUCGUUCGACUUGGCAGCAAAACCUGGAGUCUACCAGGGCUUUCCCAUUUCCUGCAUCUUGCGCGUAUCAAUUUGGAUGACACUAACAAGGAUCCCUCUGGGUCCUUGUUUCACCCCCGGGAGGCCGAGCUUGGGGUCGAAUUGGCCCGAAGCCUCCUCGACAGGGGCGCUAGGGACAUCCUCAUCAUAUCACCCUACAAGGCCCAAGUGGCCCUGGUCAAAAAGGUGUGGGAGCAGAACCAUCCCCAUACAAUCGCACCGAGGAUUCAAACCGUCGACGCUUCCCAAGGGUCGGAAGCAGAGGUCGUGAUCGUUCUGAUCACGCGUAAUUUUGGCUCUGCCGGCUGCCUCCAGUCAACGAGGCGGACCAAUGUGAUGCUGUCCAGGGCCCGUGUCGCCCAGUACGUUGUGGGUAAUUGGGACUGGGUCGCGGGCAGGGGCUUCGCCCCAGACUCCGGAAAAUUGAACGCCUAUUUUGAUGGGGCUGAUCAUGUCCUGGACAAGCGGACCGAUUAUGCCAUCGCCCCAACGGUAGGGUAG